AUGCUGCGAACCUUGGGCAACGGACACACGGCCGGGCCGCCCCCAUUCCCCUCGGUGUGUUUUCUAUCGCUGAAGCUGGAGGACAAUCCCACUGAGAACAAGAGUCUCCCCUCCGUCCCUAGGCUAAGGAGCAAGCGAAGAAGGAGAGACACAAGUAAGCAAUGCAACGGAUGUCGAAAACUCGGAAACGACGCUCGUGAGACUGCAAGGGCGCGCCAUAAGCAAAUAGUUGCAAACAGUUCACCUACGUAA